AUGGCUGUUGAAAUUAUUGGUGAUGACUCGGAUUGCGAUUUAAAGAUAGAUGAAUCAUUUGAUGAAAAUGACAUUAAUACUCCAGGUUUUUUUUCUUCACAUACUUCUAUUCGAACUAUUAAUUGUGUAUCACCUAAUAAUAUUUCGACACAAAGCCCUUCUUCAGUUUCAGGAAAUGAAGACUUUGCCUCAAAUUCAUUACAUAAUACAUUUAAAAAUGAAAUAUCAAAUAGAUCAUCUACUUCUAAUAAUAUUAUUUCAUCUACAUCACAACAGAAAAUUGACAAUCUACCAUCAAUAAAGACUUCUCUAUCUGAUGAUACAAAGAUUAUUGGAAGUCAUAAAGACAAAGUUUUUUGUUCAGAUAACCCUAGUUUAACGAUAGGUACAAAAGAUUAUAGUAAUAUUACGUGUGACAUCGAAGAUAAUAAUUUUAAUAGUAAUAUGGAAAUAGGUCCUACAAACAGAAAGAGAAAGCAUUGUUUGGAGGUUGAUAAUAAAUCUAAUUCUAUUCAAAAUAGACAUAAUAAUUCAGAUAAUUGUCAAUCUGAUACAUCAGAAACAAAAAAUGAAUCUACUCAUUCUUUGAAUGUAAAAAUUCACUAUAAAUUUAAUUCCUCUAUCUUUAUUUCAACUGAAAUAAAUAACCAAGAAAUGCAUGGUAUUUUAAUGCCCGGUGGAACUACAAACAUUUCUUUACCAAAUGAUAAAACCGAGAAAGGAAUAGAAAACUUUGAUCCAUCUACUUCAAAAAAUUAUAUUCUUAAUGAAAAAACAAUAAAAAAAGAAAAUAUUUUUAAUAAUAAAGGUUAUCGGACGUUAGACGAUUUGAUGCCAUCUACUUCAAAUACUGAAGGUAGUUUUUUUACCUCUUCAACAAAUAUAACGGAUAAUACAAAAGAAAAGGAAUCUGUUAUGAUAUGUCCACUUGAUAAUUGUACGUAUCAAUUUCUUAAUUUAAUAGAUGUUUGUGAACAUUUAAAAAAUAAACAUGGACAAAAUAAGUCAACUAUUAAAGGAGAAAGUCAAAAUAACAUAGAACCUAUUAAAUAUUCAACAAUAGGAACUAUGACUGAUAUGAUAAUUAGCAAAAAUCUUUCUCCAAAUAAUAAUGAUGUUUUACAUAAACCUAAAGCUGAAAAGAUAUCUCCAAUAAUACAUAAUCAGUCCAGUAUUAAGAUAAAUAAUAGAAUUGAAAAUUCAAAAAUGGAUGGAACGCCGUCACUUAUGCAGGGAAGUAUUGUAGAUCCAAAAAAUAUUAUGGCAGCAUCAAUGGCUUCUUUUAAUUUUCAACCUCCUGGUAUGCCAUCAUUGGUAAAGAAUAAUUUGGGGCAAUCGGCUAAUUCUUCAACUGCUUCAACACCAAUAAAACAAUCUGAUGGUGGUACUAAGCAUAAGAUUCAUGAAUUAAAACCAAAUCCAUCUAAUGUUUCUCCUAGUACAUCAAAAAAUAGUAGGGCUAAUUCAACAUCAAAUGGAAUAAAUAAUUAUCAAAUGGAUCCUUUACGCCCUUCUUCAGUUUCCACUUCUUUAGCCAAUCAAACGGGUAUGACAUUGGGGUUAAAUCCAUUUGCAUUUCCUCCUGGUGCUAAUCCUUUUGCCGGCAUGACACCUCAAUUAGGACUCCAUAAUCAAGGAGGUAACGCUAAUCAAAUGAUGAACAUGUUUAAUCCUAUGGUAAUGCAGGCAGCAGCUGCAGCUCAAAUGAGAAAUCAAAUGUUUAUGAUGCCAAAUAUGGGAAUGCAAGGAGGGCAAAUGCCAGAGCAAAUAGCUAUUCAAAUGGCAAUGCUUGGGCAAAUGCCACAAAAAUAG